AUGCUUAAAAUAAAUUAUCAUAUCUCUGUGAGAGUUAUAAUUGCACAUCAAUGUAUUCACGAUGAAUUAUCGUCGAGAAUAAGUUGCUAUCGUGCCGGUAGUUCUGUUUUGAUCGGUCCAAAGGGAUUCCAAUCGAUCGGUCUAUGUGACACUUACAAACGAACACCGUGCACCUACAUCUGCAAGCAAGAGGAUGUCGUUAGCGCCGAGUUGAUCGACUUUUUCAAUAGCCAGAUACUACCGAAUAUCACUGAGUUCUUUGAACGCUAUCUAACGGUGAAUGCACCCGACCACAAAGUUCUGCGGACAAUCAUCAAUUGUGGCGAAGCUUACGAUAUCGAUUUGUCGCGUGGAUUCAAAGGUGACUUUAUGUUCUAUGUCUCGGCGCAUCCCAUUGUGACAAACACGGAAUCGAUUGCUUAUUCUCUGACGUGUGCUAGCCAUGCUCACAACGAUGCUCCCUACGUCGGACUUAUCAAUCUUCAACCGGCUUACUUCCAGCGAUUCCUCAAUGAGACCGCAAGGAAAUCCAAUCUUUUGGUGGAGUGGAUGCAAGCCUAUAGGAUCUUACUUCACGAGGUGACACAUUCGAUCGGUUUCAGUAAGAAACUCUUUCAAUUCUAUAUAAAUAGACUCACCGGGAAGAAGUAUGUAAAUGUAACAACGAAAAGCACCACCAAUGGAUUGUCACCGUCUGGCGAGAGCUUCCAAUAUACAAGUCAAUCAAUUACGACGCCAUCUGUAAGAACAGUGGUUGCCAAUCACUUUAAUUGCGACGAACAAAACGGUGCGGAAUUAGAGAACAUCGAUAAUAACAGUAGUGGAAUAGUAGGUUCACAUUGGAAAUCAACUAAAUUUGGUGAAGAACUAAUGUUAACAAAUACAAUGCCGAUUUCACCAUUUACAAAUUUAACACUUGCUUUAUUAUAUGAUUCAGGAUGGUAUGGAUUAAUCAAUUUAGAUAAAAUUGAAUCAACCAAUUGGGGAAAAGGAAAAGGAUGUUAUUUUGCAAAUCAAACAUGUUCCAUGUCGACUUGGAACUACACUGGUUACUGGCCAGCAGAGAACAACAAAGUAGGAUGUUCCGCCUCGAGGAGUGGAAUGGGUAUGGCAUCAUGGACCGAGCAUUCUCGGAAUCUACCAGUGUACCAACAGCAUUGGAGUAACUCUACAAUAGGAGGUAAUGGUGGUGCCGAAUUUGAUUAUUGUCCAUUCAGCAAAACAUCUAUCUUUUGUUUCGAUACAUCGCAAUCAAAUUCCUCAAACAACUUUUUUGAUGAUAGAGGUGAUAGACAUCUUUGUUUCGAUCAAAUAAUUAACAGUAAUAAUAGUUUAGAUUAUAUUCAAAUGGGAUGUAGAGAAUAUCGUUGUGAAGUAGAUGGAACACUACAAGUUAAAGUCAAUCAGAAAUGGUAUAGUUGCCAACCAAACGAUAGAGUGGUAGUCAAUGAGAAUAUAACAAUAGUUUGUCCAGAUGAAUUCGAUCAAACCUGUGGAACCUCUUCAUUCGACAUAGAUACGGAUACUCUUUCAGAACCUUAUUCUGGAUAUAACAGUGCCAUUUCAUCUUUUAACCCAAAACAAACUUUAACCAACAAUGUCAUUAUAGUAACACUUGUAUAUUUAUUAUUAUACAUAUUUUAA